AUGGCAGAUGGUCCUCGGGUUAUUUUCCAAGAGAAAUGGGAACAGAGAUGUGGAAAGAGGUCUUCCUCUUCUACUGUCUUCAUUCGAUUCAACAGACUGAUAUAUAUAUACACAUAUUUUUUUCUGACCACUGCAUGUUUUGCCAUUUCAGUUCCUCCGAAGAUUUAUGACAUCUCAAGCGAUAUGACCAUCAAUGAAGGAACCAAUGUCACCCUUACUUGUUUGGCCACUGGGAAACCAGAGCCUUCCAUUUCUUGGCGGCACAUCUCUCCAUCAGCAAAACCAUUUGAAAACGGACAAUAUUUGGACAUCUAUGGAAUUACAAGGGACCAGGCUGGAGAAUAUGAAUGCAGUGCAGAAAAUGAUGUGUCAUUCCCAGAUGUGAAAAAAGUGAAAAUUGUCGUAAACUUUGCUCCUACAAUUCAGGAAAUUAAAUCUGGCACCGUGGCCCCCGGACGCAGUGGAUUGAUAAGAUGCGAAGGUGCAGGUGUGCCGCCUCCGGCCUUUGAAUGGUACAAAGGGGAGAAGAAGCUCUUCAAUGGCCAACAAGGAAUUAUCAUUCAGAAUUUUAGCACGAGAUCCAUUCUUACUGUUACCAAUGUAACACAGGAGCACUUCGGCAACUACACUUGUGUGGCUGUCAACAAGCUAGGCACAGCCAACGCGAGCCUGCCUCUCAGCCGUAA